GAUUUGAAGCGAAAAUAAAUUAUAAAGUGAAUUAAUAAAUUCACCAGCACGUCUUUAUGACCGAAUGUAUGAAUCAGUAAGAGCAAUUCAUCAUUAAGGUUUCAAUAGCUUUUUUUUAUAGCAUUCAGUUUAAUUCAAAUGUAAAAACAUGUUUAGUAUAAGUGUCAUCUACGCACAAAAAACAGCUAAAAUAAGUUUUUUCCCACUUGCUCCCACCUUUAUAAAGUCUUGAUAUGUGAGUGCUCACACAAAUCAUUCUGAUCCUCUCUUUUUCAGAAAUGGCACAUAAGUCUGAAAUGUAACAUAAUGUGUAAAAAAAUGUUGGGCUGUGAAAAGUUCACGGUGAAUGAAUUUAUUCUCAUACACAGUGUAGUGUGGAGUGGGACAGAUCAAAACAGACUCACACAGAGUUUAGCUAGAAAGAUGUCCGGUGCAAAGGUGCUGCAGUUUCUGCAGAAUAUUUCACGUAGAAAACCUCUGGAGCCUGAAGGUGAAGUGUCCAACUUUCGCCGGUGUCUGACUACCCUUGAUUUGGUGGCUCUUGGGGUCGGCAGCACACUGGGGGCCGGUGUGUAUGUGCUUUCAGGAGAAGUGGCCAGAGCUGUGGCCGGGCCUAGUAUCAUAAUCUCCUUCCUGAUAGCAGCAGUGGCCUCCAUCUUUGCAGGACUGUGUUAUGCUGAAUUUGGAGCUCGUGUUCCCAAAACUGGCUCUGCUUAUCUCUAUAGCUACGUGACUGUGGGUGAGAUAUGGGCUUUUGCCACGGGCUGGAACCUCCUGCUGUCUUAUGUCAUAGGGACAUCAAGUGUAGCCAGAGCCUGGAGUGGGACCUUUGAUGAUCUCAUUGGAAAUGUCAUUGCCAACUCUUUAGGCAAACAGGUUGCAAUGGAUUUACCUGGAUUGGCUCCCUAUCCAGACUUCUUUGCAGCAGGUAUCAUUAUGCUCUUGGCAGGGAUUCUUGCAUUUGGUGUUAAAGAAUCGGCCACUGUAAAUAAAGUUUUUACAGCCGUUAACAUCCUGGUGUUGCUCUUUGUUAUCCUCUCUGGAUUCAUAAAGGGGGACAUCAACAACUGGUACAGAUAUGAAGACACCCUUCCAAACCAAUCCGAGAACUAUACGACCCUGAAUAAAACCACCACAUAUGGCAGCGGAGGAUUUUUCCCUUUUGGUUUUGAGGGGACAUUAGCAGGAGCAGCCACUUGCUUUUAUGCAUUUGUUGGAUUUGACUGCAUUGCAACAACAGGAGAGGAGGUUCAGAACCCUCAGAAGUCAAUCCCACUCGGGAUUGUGGCGUCCCUCCUUAUCUGCUUCUUGGCUUAUUUUGGUGUGUCUGCCACCCUGACUCUUUUGAUGCCAUACUAUUUGCUCAGCGUUCACAGCCCACUGCCUGUGGCCUUUACAUACAUCGGUUGGGGCCCUGCAAAGUAUGCAGUUGCUGUGGGAUCACUCUGUGCGCUCUCAACAAGCCUUCUAGGAUCAAUGUUCCCGAUGCCUCGUGUUCUCUUUGCCAUGGCCCGGGAUGGACUGCUCUUCAGACCUCUCAGUAACAUGAGUGACAGACAAAGUCCUGUCAUUGCUACACUGGCUUCAGGGGUUGUAGCAGCUAUCAUGGCUUUAUUGUUUGACCUGAAGUCGUUGGUUGACAUGAUGUCGAUUGGAACCCUGUUUGCCUACACACUUGUUGCCAUUUGCAUUCUCAUAUUAAGGUAUCAAACUGACCUCAGUGAUGAUUCUAGUCUAAGCAAAGCAGAACCUUUUACCAUUGGAGGGAUAUUAUGUCCUCCAUACCAAGCCACUACAAGGACAUCAAAAAAUGUGUCCCUUUUAACUUUUGUUAUUAGUGAGUCAUCAUCUUUCUGUUGUACUGUACUUUUUAUUGAUUUAUUCUCCUCAGUCUUUUUAGCAGUUGUUCUCAGCGUCUUCGUAUCUGAGGCUGUAGAUUACCUGCAAGCCCUGGAGUGGUGGAGCAUACUUUGUCUUUCUGUGAUAGUAGCAAUGAUUUUUCUAAUCAUCCUCAUCGUCUGGAGGCAACCGCAGAAUACAGCAGAAGCUGCUUUCAUGGUUCCUUUUGUCCCAUUACUUCCUAUUUUUAGUACCUUUGUCAAUGUCCAUCUAAUGGCUCAGCUUGGAUCAGACACUUGGAUCCGCUAUACAGUGUGGAUGGGAGUAGGUUUGAUCAUCUACUUUUGUUAUGGUGUUCGCCACAGUGUGCAGAAACAAAGGCUUGAAAAUUCACACGAUCGAGUCAGUAUUCACAGCAUCGCUGCUGCUAUGGAGCAAAGCACGAAACCCGGACAAGACGUAACUGGAUAAAUACAUAGUGUAUUUAAUGACAUAAAUUUUAAAAAGAAUACCUGAUUUGCAUAAAUCUCACAAUGGUGAUUGUCUCAGGAAUUCACAAACUUUUAUUUGGCAGCAUCCAGCAAUGCAAGGCUUUAUGCAAUACUCUGCUUUUAUAUUACUGUUUCUUAUAAGUAUUAAUUAAAGGAAAGAAUGAGGAAGGAUUCAGCAAGUAUUUCAAGUAUAAUCACAUAGUUAUUAGUAUUAUAUAACAAAAAAAACCCCUUAAACAUUUAGCUUAUAUAUUAAAUGGUAGAAAAUCUAAAGAAAUUUGGAUUUUGUGAACAACAGAGUUUAAGAUGACAAUGUUUUUAGUAGAAGCGACCAGAAUGGACAGAAGGACAGCUCAGGUUGAGCCAUUUGGACACAAAGUCAGAGAGCCAAGAUGGCCUGGACAUGUGCAGAAGAGGGAUGGUGGAUACACUGGACAAAAGAUGUUGAAGAUGGAACUUCCAGGGAGGAGGAAAAUAGGAAGACCACAGAGAGGGUUCAUGGAAGGUUCAUGUAGUGAAAUAGGAGGACAGAAAUGUAUGCUAGGGACAGGGUGAGAUGGAGGCAGAUGAUCCCCUAUGCUGAGCCCUGAAGGGGGAUUUUGUGAUCAUCCUGUCACAGUUGUUCAAAAGGAAUUGUACUCACGAUGCCCAUUUCUUUUAUGUGACAGAGUCAUAUUACUCACGAUUCCUUCAUGUUUAAAUGCAAUUCAACUAUUUUAUUUUUCUGUACAGAAUACAUUGUAAUGGCAUGGGUUUAGUUUGUUUGCCUUGUACUUAACUGCCAAUAUAGCCAAUACUGUGUUAUUAAAUGGACUUUAAAGUAAUAAUUUUCUAUUGCCGUAAACAUUUGAUAUGCAUGAAAUUAAAAAGGCAUUAUAAGUUUUGAAUGAGAUACUCUGCACUUUGACUCCUGUCUCCCUAUUUUCAGUUUUUUCUUUCUUACAUACCUUCCCUAUGACAACCUUUGUAAACAUGCCCAUACACAGCCAUGCUGCC